AUGAGAGUCUUCACGCGCGGUGGUCGCAGGAGUAUCAUAUCGUCUCGCGGUGAGGUCAACGUCCACAGGCUGAUCCCUCGUGGCACCAAGCUGUAUCUCAACUGGUUCUACGAUGCAUUUGCUUCCAUCAUCAGACUGCCGUAUAAGAAACUCUUCCUCUAUAUAACAAUCACAUACGUUCUAACUGUAGGUGUUGACGCAGUUGGCCUGCAGCUCAUCGAUCCGCACUACGUCUGUGCGAGUAGUGUCAACAGCUUCUCAGACUAUUAUUUCUUCGUUGUACAGACCUUAUUCACCAUUGGUUACGGUGGUAAGGAGCCUCUGUGUUUCGACACCAACGUUGGUGUUACUAUCAUAUCUAUCUUGGGUAUGAUAAUGCACACUGCUCUUACUGGCAUUGUCUUUACCAAAUUCACGCUAGACAACUCACGCAACGUCGCGUGUGCCUUCUCAUCGCGCCUUCUUGCCAUACCUCCGUCGAGCGGUGAUUCGGCCGACUCUAGAGA